GUUUAACUGCUUCCUCUGUGAAGUGUUGGUUUGUUUCAUCGUACUUGCGGCCAUCAUUGUCACUUUUUUAAUAAUUGUUGUACAGGUGAUUGAAUCCACACCCCCACAUGGAUGUGAAAGGAACUAUUUAUUAUGAGAGAAAGCAUGUUCCUAAAACUACUAAUCCAGUGAUUAGUGAUUGCAAAUUUCUAAUUGACUUCAUAAUGAAUAAUUACUUGGGACCUGAUGUUAAGUCUGAUAUUCCAAGACGUUCAGUUUCUCAAAGACUAAUUACAGGAAUGCCACCAUACAGAUUCACUGAUUUGGGACCUUCCUAUGUUAGCAUUUCUCUCUUAGAGAGAUUGUAUUACUAUUUACUAAGAUAUGCUCUCCCUGGUCUUGUUCUUGAUAUCAAUAUGUUUCAUAUGUAUCUAAAGGGAAAAUUGCUUUUUCCAAGCUCUGAUUUCACUGAGAAUAGUAAGCAGUUUACAAGUUUUUACCCUUUGGAUCUUCAUCAACAGAGGUGGUUCCCUGAGAGCUUUAGAAUCAUUAAAGGCAUUGUUUUAAUCGAUGAUCCUAUUUCGUCCGGCAUCAAGGAGAGGGAUUUAAAUAGGUUCAUGUCUUUAACUGGUGUGAAUACUUUAAAGUUGGAUCAAAAUGAAUGUUUAGGUGUUAAAAUUGACACUCAAGUAGGCAAGGAUGUUGGUGAUAGUAAUGGAGGCAACGAGGUUCCGGAGAAACAGUCUACGCAAGAGUACAAGAGAAAGUACAUUGACGACACUCCGCCAACACCGGAGUUCCCCCAUGUUGUCCCUACAAAGCAAUAUGCCACCGGAGAUCAUUCGAAGAAGAUUUGUAGCAGAUGGGAUGGACCUUCCUUGAUGCCCCUUCUCUCUAUUCCAGACGUUGACGACUGCGACCAAGAGUCGUCUUUUGUUUUAACAGGGACAGCCAAAAGCGGGAAAUGUGGUCCACCUGUGGGUGUUGUGGAUAUUGGCAUUAGUAAAGCAGCAUAUCUAUUCCGGGUUUCGUUACCAGGGGUCAGAAAAGAUUAUAGUCAAUUCAGUUGUGAGAUUGAAUAUGAUGGGAGGGUUCACAUCAAGGGGUUGUUAGGUGGUGGAAGAACCAUAACAAAACAAUCACGCGUUUAUGACAUGAAAGUCCGGCAGUUGUGCUCGCCUGGACCAUUCACGCUUUCAUUCAGACUUCCAGGGCCGGUCGAUCCAAGACUGUUUGCACCUAACUUCAAAUCUGAUGGCAUUUUUGAAGGAGUUGUAAUCAAGCACUAGCUAGUUAUCAGGGAAAGAGUUAAGAGCAAUUAGUCUUCCUUUGUAAGCAAAAUUUUGAAGUUUCCUCAAGAGAAUGAACUA